AUGGUAUGUGAUGAGGAUAUUCUUUGUCAAGGGAUUCAGUUUAAUGAUGCUGUUCAAUAUGUCAUUGAGAAACAUGAUGCUAUAGCCUCUGGUUCUCCCCUUCCUGUUGAGCCGCCGAAUUUGAUGACUUCCCGCUCAAAUGGGAAACAAAUCGACACUACAGAAGUCAAACUGAAAUCAACUUCUGUUGCAUCUUCACCAACACCGUCUUCUUCAACUAAUGAAAUACAGGAAGACCAGGAGAGUUCCACUCCAGUAGCUAGUAGGCAUAAGGAAACACAAACUGUUGCAACUCAGUAUGACAAAAAGCCCGUAUCAGACCCAUCUUUGUCUAUGGCUCUAGUUCCAUCUGAUCCACUCCCUCCUCCAAGCAAAAAGGCAUCAGAAGAAGAUUUAAUUGAUCUGUUGAGUCUUGCAUUGACACCAUCAAUCCCAAACGAAACACCACCAGCACCAAUGGCUGCAGAAACCCUCCCACAGGCUCAACAAAUGAAUACCUAUGUGGUGCCUUGGGCUCAGAAUCAACCCCAACUUGAAUAUGAAUCACAACAAUCGGUCCAAUCCACUCAACAAGGCACCUACAUUCCACCACCAUGGGCACCAACUCCUGGCUACUAUUGUAACCCAUACGCCUCUAAUUAUUCAUCCCCGUCAUAUUAUAACAACAGUUCAGUAGCUGGUUCGAGUUUAAACCCAUAUAUUCCUUCAUAUAGACUCUUUGAAGAUCUUAACGUUCUUGGAAACUUGAGGACAAAUGGCACACCUGGAACUUCUGGGCCGGGCAUGCUAGGUGCCAGAAAGUGAAUUGCCC